AUGCAGAAUGUCUCCCCGACGCGCAGCACUCACUCGAACGCUGGAGGAAAGAAGCUUGAGGAUCAGGGUCUAACAGCCUCACCUGCCAUCAUGGAACGGCCGGUUCCCCCCUGUGACCCCUUCCUUUCAGACAUGGUGACACUGCGCUGGCUGCCCGGAUGCCUGGGUCCCUUCAUUGUCACUCUCCUGGUCGGAUCCCCUAUUCCAGUGGCCUCCUCCAACGUCCGCUCCUGCCCGUGCACCCAGGGGUGCUGCCCGGCCGGCUGGUACCAGUACCAGGAUUCCUGCUACUACCCGGUGACGGCCACCAAAGGCUGGUGGAAAGCCGAGACGGACUGCAAGGCUCUGGUGGAGGGCGCCCAUCUGGCAUCCGUGCACAGCGCCGAGGAGAACAACUUCAUCUAUCACCUCAUGGGCACCCCCCAAGACUACAAGAAAAAGGAAGCCUAUUGGCUCGGGGGCCGCCGCGACUCCCAGGGCCAGCUGGAGGGCGCGGGCUCCUGGCACUGGACUGACAGCUCCACGUGGCACUAUCACAACUUCGGGAACGGCAAGCCGGACGGGAGCACCGCGGAGGCGUUCGUGGCCUCCUGGAAGUUGGAUCAAGAUGCUAUCACUUGGGAUAACUAUGAAGCUUCCUUGGAGUUCAUGUCCAUCUGCAAGCGCUCGCUGGACUGA